AUGGAAGCAGUCAUCUUCCUGUCCUCGGUUACAUUCGUCAUUGUGGUAACAGCUGCCAUUAUACGGGGGCGAUACCGAGUCCGCCUGCAGGUCACAUCAAAAGAAAUGUCUCCUUCACAGAGUUUGGACUUGGAGAGAUUCGACCCUGAAGGAAGUGCACCCGUUCAACCGCCGCAACUACAUCACCAUUCACGACUGGGAAGCAGAAAUUCGAGAUGGCCAGGAUAUACCGACCGACGGACUCAACCAUCGCGAACAAUGGUGGAUCAUUUUGCGUCAUACCGAAUUCCCGAGGAAGCAGAUACCACCAUCCAUCAUUUCCCGCAAGCGCAUUCGCCCCGAAACCUCCCAGCCACAUUUAUGGCCCCGGCUGCACACGCCACAACACCCCCACCAGCCACUGCACUUACCCCACCUGAGGCACCCACUUUAAAUCCCUCAUGA